GGAGGCCAGAGCCUGGGGAUCUCCAUCGUGGGCUACAACGCGCUGUCCAGCGAGAACACUGUGGGAGUCUUCGUGAAGUACGUGGUGCCGGGCAGUGCCGCGGAGCAGUGCGGGAAUAUCAAGGUCCACGACAGGAUAAUAGCGCUGGACGGGGUCAGCCUCCACGGGUUCACCAAUCAGGAGGUGCUGCAGGUGAUGAAGCAGACGGGGCAGACGGUCAACCUCACCGUGGUGAGGAAGAUGGCCGCCAAGUCCAAGCCACUGCGAUGGAGAGAUCUCUGGACAAAGUGGAGAGGGAGUCCUCCAGGGUGUCUCUGAAGCGGUCGGCGGAGGUGAUGGUGCGGUCGGCGGUGGAGCUGGCGGACAGCGGCCCUGGCGGGGCGCGACCACAGCUGGCGGGAGAUCCAGACCAGGCGUCUCUGACGGAGUGGGAGCUUCGGACCAAGUGGGAGCAGGCCCUGGGACCAGACUACAGUGUCCUGGUGGUGGGGCUGGAUCCUGUCAUAGAAGACGACGCUGAGCUCCAGAAGUACUCCAAGCUGCUCCCGAUCCACACCAUGCGUCUGGGGGUGGAGCUGGACUCGUUUGACGGACACCACUACAUCUCCACCGUGGCCCCCGAGGGCCCCGUGGCCAAACACGGCCUGCUGAGGCCGGAGGACGAGCUCCUGGAGGUGAACGGCGUGCAGCUCUACGGGAAGUCUCGGCGCGAGGCGGUGGCCUUCCUGCGGGAGGUGCCCCCCCCCUUCACCCUGGUGUGCUGCCGCCACCUGGCCGAGGAGGGCAGCGAGUUCCUCCCCCGCGAGCAGGAGGAGCAGGAGGACUGGCACCUACAGGAGCAGACGCGGAGUAACCCGCCGGUUUUGGCAGAGCGCGGCUCCCCCUGGCCUGGCGAGGUGGAGUCCAGUCUGGUGGAGGUGCUCCUGGAGCGGGCUACGGAGCGGCAGGAGAGCCCCCAGCUUGUGGAGGAGAGGUCCCGCGAGGAGGAGGAGGAGGAGGAAGAGGGGGAGGAAGAGGGGGAGCUGGCCCUCUGGUCCCCCGAGGUGAAGGUGCUGGAGCUGGAGAAGGGGGAGCAGGGCCUGGGCUUCAGCAUCCUGGACUACCAGGACCCGCUCGACAUCGCGCGCUCGGUCAUCGUGAUUCGCUCGCUGGUCCCCGGGGGCGUGGCCGAGGCCCACGGCGGGGUCCUCCCCGGCGACCAGCUGGUGUUCGUUAACGACACGCACCUGGACACCUGUCACCUGCCGCAGGCCGUGGAGGUGCUGAAGGCCGCGCCUCCCGGAACGGUCUACCUGGGCAUCCGCAAGCCCCUGGUGACGGACGAGUCGCGGGGUAGCGGACCGGUGGAGGUGGAGGCCCCCAGAGAAGAGGCUGAAGUGACUGAGGACACAGAGUCUCUCAGGGAGACCAGCCCACCUGUCCCUGAGAGUUUCGCGGACGACCCCCCCAGCCCCAGGGAGCCGUCUGACGAGCCAGAGUGGAUCCUGGACGGCUCCUUCUCCCUCCCCCGCUACGCCUCCCCCUCCACUGCCCCGCACACCCCGCCCGGGGAGAGGGAGAUGGCGGUGGACGAUGAGGAGGUGGAGGAGGAAGAGGAGGAGGAGCAGGCCAAGGACUCGACGUCCGAGGAGGAGGAGGGUGAUGAUGAUGAUGAUGAUGAUGAUGAUGAUGAAGAAGGGCCGUCCCUGUACCCUGAGCGUGACACUCCCGUGUGGGACGAGCUGGAGGAGGCAGCGCCUGUGGCCCCGCCCCCCGGGCUGGCCCACCUGCCCCAGGAUCUGGAGACUAUCAGACCACCACUGGAAAACCGGGCCCUGCUGGAUCUGUCCACUGAGAUGUGGAGGGAGACCGGGGAGAGUGAUGUGGACUCUGACUCCAGGAAUGGAGGCUCCGAGCUCACACUGACGGAUACGGACACUGAAUCUAUCCAAUCGGCUGCCAAGGAGGAGAGGAAGAGGAGGAGCCAGGGUGCGUACAGGCCCGCUCAGAGAGGAGGGUACAGGGACUUACCGGAGAGAGAGGAGGGAGAAGGGGAGGAGACACCUGUGUUCAGCCACUGGGGGCCCCCACGCAGGGUGGAGGUGUGGCAGGACCCUGAGGAGUCUCUGGGCAUCAGCAUCGUGGGCGGACGCGCCGUGAUAAAGCGUCUGAAGAACGGGGAGGAGCUCCGGGGCAUCUUCAUCAAGCAGGUCCUGCCGGAGAGCCCCGCGGGGAGGACCCAGGCCCUGCGCACCGGAGACAAGAUCCUACAGGUAUCAGGAGUAGACCUGACCAACGCCAGCCAUGAGGAGGCGGUGGAGGCCAUUAAAGGAGCCACCAGCCCUGUGGUCUUCAUCGUCCAGAGCCUGUCUGCUACUCCACGGCCCGUGUCCAUCAUGGCCCCCAGCUUAGGCAAACACAAGGCCAGGAGACAGGGCGCCCAGCGAGGGCCGGCCGGCGGUGCCCCGCCCCCGAUGCGCCUCCCCCCCCCGUACAGACCGCCCGGCGGGGCGGCGGAGGAGAAGGUGGAGGAGGAGGAGGAGGAGGAGGAGGAAGAAGAGCAGGAGGAAGAGCAGGAGGAGCUGGACGAAGAGCGCAUCAGGCAGCGGUACGGGGACCUCCCGGGCGAGCUGCUCCUGGUGGAGCUGGAGAAGGACCGGCAGGGCCUGGGGCUGAGCCUGGCGGGGAACAGAGACCGCUCCUGCGUCAGCAUCUUCGUGGUGGGCGUGACCGCCACCGGGCCGGCGGGCCGAGACGGACGAGUGCGCAUCGGAGACGAGCUGCUGGAGAUCAACAACCACGUCCUGUACGGCAGGAGCCACCAGAAUGCCUCGGCCAUCAUUAAGAGCGCCCCCGCCAAGGUCAAACUGGUUCUGAUCAGGAACGAAGACGCCAUCAGUCAGAUGGCCGUGCCCCCCUUCCCCGCCCCCCCGCCUCCCAUCUCGUCCAGCGAGUCUCACCAGAGUGUGGCUCCAGUCCUGCCUCCGCCAGACAAGCCCCAGCCGCCAGACUCUCUGCCCCUCAGCCGGACUCUCCCAGAAUCCUCUCUGCCCCUCAGCCGGGCUCUCCCAGAAUCCUCUCUGCCUCUCGGCAGAAAUCCCCCAGAAUCCUCUCUGCCCAAGGAGCAGGCGGCCCUGGCGUCUGUGGAGGGUGAGAGUGUGGAGUCUCCUCUCCUGGAGUCCUCUCUGAAGAGCCUCAGUGAUGGAGAGUCCGUCUCCAAGAAGCUGAAGUCGUCGGAGAGGAGCGUGGACUCGGACAGCGAGCUCGUCGAGACGCCCGCGCUGGAGCAGAGCACUGUUCUCUCGAAGAUUUCUAAGAGCUCCAGUAAGCUCCUCUCGGGUGAUUCGGACCCGGCCGUCUCCCCCCCGGCCCCCCUGCCGUCCUCCUGCACCAGUCCCGACUUCCAGCACUGCAGUCGAGACCCCGCCACAUGCCCCAUCGUCCCAGGGCAGGAGACGGUCAUCGAGAUCUCCAAGGGCCGGUCCGGCCUGGGACUGAGCAUCGUCGGGGGGAAAGACACGCAACUGGACGCCAUUGUGAUCCACGAGGUGUACGAGGAGGGGGCCGCGGCCCGAGACGGCAGGCUGUGGGCCGGAGAUCAGAUCCUGGAGGUGAACGGAGUGGACCUGCGCAGUGCGGCUCAUGAGGACGCCAUUGCGGCUCUGAGACAGACUCCGCCCAAAGUGCGCCUGACGGUGCUGCGGGACGAGAGCCAGUACCGGGACGAGGAGAACCUGGACGUGUUCCGCGUGGAGCUGCAGAAGAAGAGCGGCCGCGGCCUGGGCCUCAGCAUCGUCGGCAAGCGGUAA